AUGGAGAAAUCUUCUAUCUUAGGUUUAAUUCCAAUAAGAUUUCUAGAACCUCUUCUAAAGAACUUGUGGCGUCAAUCAUCUACAGUCGAGGUAACAUCCUUCCAGUGCGGGGGUUUCGCAAUUGGCAUCACAACCAGUCAUACAUGCUUUGAUGGACUUAGCUUUAAAACAUUCUUAGAAAACCUUGCAUCAUUUGCUUCUAACACACCAUUAGAUAUGACACCAUGCCAUAAUAGACAACUCUUAGCCGCACGAUCUCCUCCACGUGUUAGCUUCCCCCAUCCCGAGAUGGUCAAACUUGAUAAUAUAACUAAAUCGAGUGUCUUUAAAGCCUCCUCAGAAGAACUUGACUUUAAAGUUUUUCGAUUAAACUCUAAGCAUAUCAAUACCCUUAAGGAAAAAGCAAAGGGUAACAACAAUGUUCGUGUCACGAGUUUUAAUGUCAUCAGUGCACAUCUAUGGAGAUGCAGGACGUUAUCUGGCACGUGUGAUCCUGAUAAGUCAUCGACUAUACUAUAUGCGGUUGACAUACGUUCCAGAUUGAAUCCUCCAUUGCCGAAAGGAUACAUCGGGAAUGCGAUUUUAACUGCAUACGCUACAAUGAAGUAUGAGGAAUUAAAGGAAUGUGAAUUCUCGAGGUUGGUGGAGAUGGUUGGGGAGGGUUCAAGAAGAAUGAAUGAUGAGUAUGCAAGGUCAAUUAUUGAUUGGGGAGAGUUGUAUAAUGGUUUUCCAAAUGGGGAGGUUUUGGUGUCUUCAUGGUGGAGGUUAGGGUUUGAAGAAGUGAAGUAUCCAUGGGGAAAGCCAAAGUAUUCUUGUCCAGUGGUGUAUCGUAACAAGGAUAUUAUAUUAUUAUUCCCUCCUUUUCAUGGAUCAACUGAAGGUGGUGAUGAUGGAGUAAAUAUAAUACUGGCUCUUCCUCCUAAAGAAAUGGAAAAUUUUCAAAGCCUCUUUUACACGUUUUGA